AUGUCUGCCAGCGCUCACUCAGCCGUGAACAAUAAUAAUGAGGGCGUAGUCGAGGUAGCUUCUGCCUCGGCUAGCAACCCUGUUCAGAUCAUCUUGACGCCUCCAACGCCGAUAGUACCCACAACUCCGGGUAUUAUUGACCGCCGUAGCGAAGACACACACAAGGAGGUUUACCGCUUACCUGAUGUAUCCGAGGAGAAGGAGGUUGUACCAAAAUCCAAUUUCUCCGAUGAAAAGCAGGUUUAUGAUGGACGUGAUGCUUAUGAUGGGAAGGAAGUGUAUAUACCCGAUGCAGGAAAACAGGUUUAUGACGUUGGGAUAGAGAAGGAGGUCCUUAACUUGAAGCUUCACGAUGGACAUGACGAAAAACAAAUAUACGACCCCAACACUCCGACGCAGGGAGUAUACGAUGCUGAGAAAGAAGUUCUCUACAGCUUAAAUCAGCACGAUACAAACUCCAACGGCACCGCAGAUCAGCGAAGGCACAGCACCUCGACCGAGUCCACUGAAACAUCACAAUCUCAAACCAAGACUAGCCCAUUCUGUUACAAACGUCACGUCAGCAAAUUCAACGACGCAGUUGACAAGAAGAAGAAAGCAUGGUCCACAUUCACCGACAACUCCAGCACCGCCAUGUCAGAGAAGAUAAUCCAGAUGGACAAGGGGUGGAAACAACGGGUUGAUGUGUUUGAGGAGAGUACCAUGGCCAAGAUGAGCGCUUUUGAUCGAAGUAUCAGCGAUGGAAUGGAUCGUGCCGGAAAAGGCUACAAUUCAACAGUUACGAGCUGGAAGACGGGGGUAAUUAACAAGAGGAACCAGAGUAUUAGUAGUAUGAAGAGCUUGGGUUCCAAGUGUCAGAUAAGUGGAAAGGGAGAUAAGGAGGAGAUGAAAGAGGAGGUAAAGAAGGACAAGUUGGAGAAGUAA